AUGGCUGCCAAUUAUUGGGCGUCGACUCAGCGUCGACACUGGCUGUUCACGCGCGAAAGGUUGAUGGAAAUCCGUGAAGGGUUCAAGGAACGAGACAAGAUCGCGCAUUCCCAGUUUCCUUUGCCGGAUCAAAGGUUGCUCAAUAUCUAUUUCAGCCAACAACUGAUCAAACUCGGCAAGAGAAUGUCGACUCGACAACAGGCGCUCGCAACGGCCCAAGUAUACAUCAAAAGAUUCUACACCAAAAAUGAGAUCAGACACACCAAUCCUUAUCUGGUCGUGACCACCGCAUUUUAUCUCGCCUGCAAAAUGGAAGAAUGCCCUCAACAUAUCCGCUUUGUCGUCGCCGAAGCGCGUAACUUCUGGCCGGAGUUUAUCGCUCCUGAUGUGUCAAAGCUGGGCGAGUGUGAAUUUGCCUUGAUCUCCGAGAUGAACUCUCAGCUUAUUGUUCAUCACCCGUACCGAACGCUAUCGGAGCUACAGCCCGAAUUAGCUCUGACGUCCGAUGAGGUUGCUCUCGCAUGGUCAGUGAUCAACGAUCAUUACCUGACGGACCUGCCACUACUUUAUCCGCCCCAUGUCAUUGCAGUCAUGGCUAUUAUUGUUGCCGUUGUGUUCAAACCGAGUCAAGCCAACUUCCAUGGAUCUGCGGCUCCCAUAGCCUCGGCCAUGCGAGAUGGGGGCAUGAAUAUUCUUGCGGCACUGGGGGAUAGGAACGGCAGCGGCCCACCCCCUCGGAUUCAGAAACUCAUCGGCUGGCUGGCCGAGAGCGAAGUUGACAUCCGAGCCGUCAUCGAAUGUACUCAGGAGCUAGUGUCGCUGUACGAGGUCUGGGAGCAAUACAAUGAAAAGCACUGCAAGGAACUGCUAGGCCGGAUGAUCAAGAGCAGGAAUCUUGACAAGUAG